GGGCGUGACCACCGUGCCGGGAGGGCGGCCGGGGUCCGGGGGUCUGGCGCUCCGCACCCCACCGCACCCGGACGCGCCCCGGGAGCCCCGCACGGCGGGUGUGAGCGGGCCGAAGUACUUUGGGUCUGGGUGACUCCCCUCGCGCGCGGGGCACGGCCUCGCCCCCCUGCACCCCCGCCCCCAGCCUCCCCGGUCCGGGCGGGGCUGCUGACGCGGCCCAGAGACCCCGGGGGCGGUGCGGGGCGCGCCUUUCCACCGCGAGCCCGCGAGCGCCGAGGCGCGCGGGCGCCGGGGCGCGGAGCCGAAGCCGGAGCCGGAGCCGGAGCCCACCCGCCCGCCCAGCCCCGCGCCCGGCCGAGGAGCGAUGCCGCGCGCUCUGGCCGCCCCCCGCGAGCACCGCGCCGGAGACAAAGCCCGCGCGUGAGCGGCGCCCUCGGCCCGCGCGUCCGGCUCCGGGUGAGCCUCAAAGCAGGAGCCGCGCAUCAGCCUCUCCUCUGACAACUGUCAGCCUCUGCUGCCACCUGCCCAGGCCUGUCACUGCGCCUCUCAGCAGGGGCAGAGAAUGACAGAAGGCAUGUCGAAUAACAGUAAUACCAGCAUCUCCCAAGCGCGGAAGGCCGUCGAGCAGCUUAAGAUGGAAGCCUGUAUGGACAGGGUGAAGGUCUCCCAGGCAGCUGCGGACCUCCUGGCCUACUGCGAAGCCCACGUACGCGAAGACCCUCUCAUCGUACCGGUGCCUGCGUCAGAAAACCCCUUCCGAGAGAAGAAGUUCUUUUGUACCAUUCUCUGACUCCGUUCGUUAUGAAGCGUCUCCUUGUGCAUCGGGAAACUCCCCGGUAGAGCCCGCAUGUUCUUAGCGUUAGGGGUUCCAGUCACCCCCGUCCCCGGCCUCUCUUCAUCGGUUUUCUUCUCUGCGUCCGAUUUCACCACUUCUUGCUCUCGUGUUAUUUGCGUCAUCGGCAAAGAAAAUCGACGUUUUUGUAACAAAUAAGUAUGGGUUUAAGGGUUGCAUUUCUUUCUAAACAGCCACUCCCGUAUUUAAAUACAUCGAGCUAAUACAUUGUA